CCUGCCCGGCCGGCGGGCGCUCUCUGGCAGGCUGGCUGGGUCGCUCACUCCGCGAAGCGCUGCUGCCACGAUGGUGCAGUUGCUGUUGCAGCCGCGCGCCGGGCGCUGCUCCUUGUGGCUGGGCUUGGGGCUGGCGCUGUGGGCGUCUCUGCCGGCGGCCCGCGUGGCGCUGCCCGAGGUGCUGUUCAUGUGCUCGCCGUGCACCGCCGAGCGUCUGGCCGCUUGCGCGCCGUCGCCGCCCGUCUCGUCCGGAUCCGAGGGCGACGCGUGCCCGGAGCUGGUGCGGGAGCCCGGCUGCGGCUGCUGCCGGGUGUGCGCCCGCCUCGAGGGGGAGCCGUGCGGGGUCUACACGCCGCGCUGUGCCUCGGGGCUCCGCUGCUACCCGCGUCCCGGCGCCGAGCUGCCCCUGCAAGCGCUAGUGCAGGGCCAGGGCACUUGCGCCCGGCGGAGCGACACCGCCGAGUACGGCGCCGCCAGCGCCGAGCACCGAGCGACCGAUGAGGAACAUACCGAAGUAUCUAUUGCAGAGAAUGUGGUGGAUGCCGCCUCCAGUGUGGUGAGUGGCGGUGGGCGGAUAAAGCCCCCUAAGAAUGGCAAGGAGUUCGCCGUCAUCCGUGAGAAGGUGAAUGAGCAGCAAAAGCAGCUGGGCAAGCCUACCAAGCACCACCACCACUCGCCAUCAGUCAGGGUGAGUGAGACCCCCUGCCAACAGGAAUUAGAUCAAGUCUUGGAACGCAUCUCAACCAUGCGCCUGCCAGAUGAACGCGGUCCGUUGGAGCACCUCUAUUCCCUAAAUAUCCCAAACUGUGACAAGCAAGGCCUCUACAAUCUCAAACAGUGUAAGAUGUCGGUGAAUGGCCAGCGAGGAGAAUGCUGGUGUGUUAACCCUAACACUGGGAAAAUCAUCCAGGGGUCGCCCACUGUCCGUGGAGAUCCUGAGUGCCACCUCUUCUACCCUGUGCAUGAGCAAGAGGGCCGGGGAGCACAUGCUUUGCAUGUGCAAUAGAUGGACGUGUUCUCUCUCUCUCUCUCUCUCUCUCUCACUCGCUGGCAGGCAGGCAGCUUGGCCGCUCGUCUCAGCGCUGGAUUUUUCAUGGGUUUCGAUGCAUCUUAUUUUUAUCUCUCUCUCUCUCUUUUCUCGUAUUCCAGAAGGUCCCGACAAUUUGUGGGCUUUGUGUGCCUCUCAGUUGCUUGCCUUUAAAUCCUUGGGGAAGAAUUGCAAAGGGGCUUGGUGGCAGGGGUGGGGUCGGGGACUGGUUUCUAAACCUUAAAAAAAAAAAAAUUGCCUAAGAGGUUUCACGAUUAUUAGACCACUUGUAGCCUUGCAGCAAACAAGCAGGAGAGACGUUCCCUCUUGGCUGUUGAAUUUCUUACCCAGGCCUCUCCAAAGAACCCGGGUGAUCAUGUUGGAUGGGAGAAUAAUUGCCCCAGCCCCCACCCGCCACACACACCAAAGACCAAAGAUUGUAAAUACUGCAUGUUGCCUGCUACACACAGACCUGACAACCUGUUCCCGUUAUUGUGUGGGUUGGAGCAUAUAUCUAGGGGGUAAAUAGAAUCCUUGUCCAGCACAUACUCAGCUGGAAUGCUACACAGAAAGCAUAUAGAGUGGGAAGGAGCUACUUCCUUACACUAAUUUCUUCCGCAAGGCAUUGCACUUGACAUAGAAGUUCAACCCCCUUCUCUUUCCUGACCUGGGAGCCUUAUUCUUUAAGAAUUUUGCACUUCUGGGCAACUUUCUCUUAGGCAGUACCUUGUAUUGCACUCAGUCUUGAUGCAUCCUAAAAAACACUAAUACACAGAAAAUGUCAAUGCUGGGCAGUCAACUCUUUCAGAUCAGGUUAUAAUGAGAGUUAAACUCAAAAGCAGGGAAGAGAGGGGUCAGAAAUUGGGGGAAGAAGCUUAGAAUUCAGUUGUUAUUCCACCCCCCAAGAAGCAAAAACCCACAUUUUAAGCUGCUGCAAAUGUCCCUCCUUCCUUUUGUGUGGGACCCAGGUGAGCAAUGCAAUAUGUAAACAACACUUUAUACAGUGUGUGGUAAUCCCCCGAAAUGCAGACUGAGAUGAUGGACACAGAUGCAUAUAUACACAUGUACAGAAUAAUUAAUAUCUGGGAGCUGGGGUGAUGUGGUGUUGAAUAUAUCGUUCCCAAUAAUAGAUUGUGCUUCUCUGAUAUUGUUUCAGACACUCUUGAUUUGGCUUUUGUGUGGAUCAUGCAAAUGCUGAAAACUGAUUUAGCAGCUGCAUGAACGAUUAGAUUUUCUUUUAUUAUAUAUACCAGUUUAUAUUUACAGGACAACUGCUAGGUUCGUAUACUUAGUAUAAUCAUUGGAGGCUGGGUGCUUUUGUUUUUUGAAAUACAGUAUUUUGAGGGGGGGGAACCCAAGCAGCAUAGUUUCCCCCCUUUUCUGCAAACGUCAUGUGUGCACAGCAGGUGCUUUACUUUACCACCACGUUUUCCUAAGUGGAGCAAUUUCCUUGUCCUACCCGCCAUCUUGGAAGAGAAGUGUCUUGAACCAUUAUGCAGCAGUUAGUAAUUGGAGGUGAUUUCAACUACAGUGCUUCUGGUAUUCCCUCUCACCUCCAUUGUGAAAAUGAGGUGGUAAAUGAACAGUGUGAAAACGCCACCACACACCACCCUAAAAUAAAUCACUCAUAGAGAUUGACUUUCUUAGUUGGGUUCUUCCCCCCCCCACCCCCGCAGGCAGAGGUUAGAUGGAAGAAAUGAGGUGAAAUUUAAAUGUUUAAUGCAAAACAGUGCGAGCAGUCAUUGAGUAGUUUGCUGGGUUAUGCAAGAUAGAGAAAACAGCGGUGUGGCAAAAUGCUAGUUAAGUAUUUGUGGAAUGAGGGUGCCUGCUCUGUGAGGAAGUACAGAACAAGGGCAACGAUGCAAGUGGUUAUGAUGGAAACAGAUCUCAAGACUUUUUAGGAGUGGACAUUGUUCAAUGACCAUCCCAUUAGACCAUUUGGAUAAAAAAGAUGGAUGGAUGAAAUGAAGUGUGUUAAUGUGGUGAUGAGAUUACCUUUUUUAGUAACAGGCAAUUUUGCCUGGCAUUUCCCCAACCCAUAGGCUCAUAAAACAGAAAGUGGUAUUGUUUAUGGGAUUGACCACACAACAACAACAAAAAGAAUCUCAUUACUGCUUCUCAUUUUCAAUCUACUUAGCACCCAUGAACAUUAGUAUUAGUGCCUUGAUGGGGAACAUCAGCUGCCCCUCAAACUUACCUUUAACUACCUUUAGGUUCUUUUUCAGUACAAACCUAGAAUUGUGGUGCAUUCAGCAUCAAUGAGGACAUCAAAACACCUCCAAGUUCUGGGGGCAUAAAUGUAUGUUUCUGUUUUUGUUGGGUUUCCCCCCCUCUGAGAGGCAUCCAGAUUCCGUACUGCAACACCUAGUAAUUGUUAAGGGGGCAGAUGGUGCUCUUUGUGGUUGAUACACAUUGAAGAGGAAUUUGAACAUCACAAGCAUCAGCUCACAACUGAAAUUUGUACUCCUGUUUAGAAAUCACAAUGCUUUUUUCUAUUUUGUUUUGAUUGCUAAAUUGUGAGAAAGUUGGAAUAAAUUAAAUGGGAUGCCAAACAAAA